AUGGAUGAAAAUGAAGAACAGUCACUCGACUUGGAGUACAGACGUUAUUUGGAAAUAAUGAGACCCUACUUACAACAACUGCUUGAUCCGGAUGUUAUAGACAUAAUCAAUGCAUGGAUUCAGAGACUUUGUUGUUGCAAACAAAAUGAAAAAGUGCAACGCAACAAAUACAUAUUUGCUAUGUGCUAUCAAUUAUCGAAAGGUAUCCUGGAUGAACCUUUCACACAUAACCCAACAACUGACGAACUGGCUCCUCUACAAGAGUGUACAUUGACAGAUUACUCCUUUAAUGAUUCUUCAGAAAUCGAUGUUAUACCCAAGUUUCCAAACAACGAAGUUGGCAAUGAAAUAUAUAAUGAUGAAAAUGAGUACGAAAAUAGAGCAACGAAGCUUAUUAUGAAACUCCGAGAAAUCAAAAAUCAAAAUUUUAUGUUUCAAAACGAAUUAAUGGCCCUCAAAACAGCCUCUACAUUAAGACAUGAACACACUGUGAAACCUCAAGAUAAUUUUAUGAAAGUCCAUAAUGCUACCAGUGUUCACUUUCGUUUUCAAGAGAGUAAUACUACAUUGAAUCGCUUAAAAUCCAAACUACAAGAAGUUCAAGAUUCAAGAAAAUCUCUAAUUGAAACUAUAAAUGAUUUGCAAGAUAAACUUGAUAACAUUAACGAAAUGAAAAGACAUGAAAUAGAAGAUUUGCAUGCUCAACAUAGAUUACAAAUAAUUCAAGUGAAAACUUCUUUGCGAGAAGAAUUAAAAGCUAACCAUGAUAAAAAUAUACAUCAAUUAAGGCAGCAACAUGAAAAACUUAUAAAAGAUAUAGAAAGCAAGCAUUCAGAUGAAAAAGAAAAUUUAGCAGCCCAUACGGAAGCUAUGAUAGCUGAAAAGGACAAAAUUAUCCAGUCCAUGGAAACUGAGAUUAUAAAUUUGAAAAACAACAUCGACGGUCUCAAAAGUAAUCAAUAUCUUAUAUUAAGCAACUUUAUAGACAAUCAAAAUAUUGAUUUCAACUCUAAAUGUGUUACACAGAAAGCUAAAGAACUUGAAAAACGUUUGAAUAAAAUGGAGAAAUCGAAAGUAAAAUAUUCCAAGGCUUACGAAGCAAAAUUAGCGAACUUACAAAAAGAAAAGCAUUUGGCCGAGUGUUCCUUGCAACUGCAACUAAUGAAACAAAGGACACAGAUCAUACAUGAAUCAACCGAUGAACAUGAAACGGAAUUGGCGACGGCUUUAGAUAAACUAGAAAAUAAAUAUAAAGAUAUAGUAGCGAGCGUGCAAGCGACGGCUGUUCAACGUAGAAUUCAGGACCAAGUGGCGUUAGAAUCAAUAAUACAAACAGUUUGCGGUAUUAAGAAUGAAGGUCUGUUCAAUAAUUUGGCACAAAGAACACACACCGAUCAUUUAUCGAGCAACGCAAUUCGUACUCAAACCAGGGAUACCAAUCGAAGCUGUGACACUGAAUUGCCGACCAUAAUUCGAGAUAAUAAGGUUGGAAGCAUCAUAGUGGGUAACAAAACGUAUGCAGAUGAAAAUGUUAUAAACGACUAUUGUACAGACGGGGAAAAUUUCAACGAACUUUUCGAAAGAGUCCAUGUGCCUCAGAGAGACACUGGCGGGAGUUCGCUUAAGAAGUAA